GUGUUUUAACAGCAAUAAAGUAAGUAUUAUCACUCGCAAUUCACUUGUUUGGAACAUCCUCGUGCAACAAUCCAAUCGAGGCACGUUAGAAAGACCUCGUUUCUCGGCACCCGCAACCUCGACACUUGUCCUCACUCGCGGAACAUCAAAACACAAACCGCUAGUCUUCUGUAGUCUGCCCGAGACAUUUUCCCCACCGAUGAUUAGUUCAGUAUGGCAUCCAGAGCUUUAACCACAUUUCUGCGCUCUGCGGCAGUUCAAGCGCAAACCCGAUCAGUAUACACCAUUCAAAACAAAAUUGGAAACCGAGAAGUGGUAUGCCAUGGUAUGAACUCUGAACCUAUUUACAUUGACACAACCGAUUUCCCAAUGCCAGCUAUUCGUUACAAGGAGGUCACUCCUGACAUUCAGGCUUUGAGAGAAAAGGAGAAGGGAGACUGGAAGAAACUUUCCGUUGAGGAUAAGAAAGCUCUAUACAGAGCGAGCUUCAGACAAACUUUUGCUGAGAUGGAAGCACCAUCUGGUGACUGGAAAUCUGUGAUCGGAUUGAGCUUAGUGGGUAUCUCGAUCUCAAUGUGGCUUUUUGUCUGGACGAAGCACUAUGUGUACCCACCACUCCCAUCAUCCCUCAGUGAAGAGAACCAGCUUGCACAGCUUGAACGUAUGAAAUUGUUGGAUAUGCAACCUAUCACUGGACUCCCUGGAACUAAAAAGUAAACAAAGAUCAUUUUUAGUAAGUUACUGCAGUAGUUAAGGUCGACCGAAACUGUGCUACUGUGCAAACCUUGUAAAAAUCUGUGCAUUGGUACAUGCAAAUAAAAUUAUUAUAGAUCUAUUACAAGUAACGUCGAUUAAUUAUUGAAAAAAACUGCAUACACCACGAAAAAGAAUAAACUAAAGUUACACUUCUUAAAAAUAUCUGCACUAAUAUGAGCAGUAAGAUGGAAUGUAAAUUGAGUUCUUUGAUCAAUCAUUGUCAAAUAAAAUGUUAUUGAUGAAUUGAAAAA